AACAUGUUGGUGUGGUGGAUUACACUUGAUCGACUAAAUUAUAAAAAAAGAAGUAAAUAAAUGACUAAAUAAAAACUUAUAAAAUGAAUUAAUUAAUAAUAAUUAAAAAUGAAGUUUUAUUAAAGAAAAAUUUUUUACAAGUAUGAGUGAAUUGUAUAAGUAUAAGAAGAUAAUAAUUUGAUUGGUGUUAACCUCAAAAAUAAAAAAAAAAAACAAAGAAAAUUAAAGUUAGGUGAAUAUAAAAGUUAAAAAUUUUUAAUUAAGUUAUUUGUUAUCAAUAAAAGAUGACGAAAACGGAGGAAGAUGAUAAACAAGUGGAGAAAGACUCUCAAGAUACUCCAGAAGCUGCUGAGGAUCCGGGUACGGCUGGAGAUUCGAGUACGGAUGAAGAUCGACAAUUGGUAUUGGACUAUGUGAGAGAUGCUGAGCAACGGCUGGCUGCUAAAGAAGAGAUCAGAAAGUCAAAUUUAAAUAUUACAAGACCACCAGACUCUUAUUUCAGUAAAUUGGAUUCAAAUUUGAAGAAAAAUACAACUUUGGUUAAAAAAUUGAAGAGUUUUAAUGCGGCUCAGGUUGAUCAGUUUUUGAAGGACAUGGCCAACUUGAAUUUAACAAAAUACGUCAGUGAAAUAGCGACAGCUUUGGUCGAUGCGAAAUUAAAAAUGACUGAUGUCCAGGCAGCUAUCAAAAUUUGUACGUUUUUACAUCAAACUUAUGGUGAAUUUUCUACUCAUUUUUUUGAAAACUGGCAGCGUGUGUUGAGUUUCAAAGUCGGUGAGAAAAUAAAUAAUCCAUCAAAGCUACGCGUAGAUUUGCGUUUUUAUGCAGAGCUUGUCAAUGCUGGUAUUUUUACUCACAAACAAGGACUACCAUUGCUGGGUUCUGUUCUAACAGUCUUGAUAAAUAUGGACAAAGAGGAGCACAAUAACGCUAACAUUAUUUUGAGUUUUUGUAGGCAUUGUGGUGAAGACUAUGCUGGUCUGGUGCCGAAGAAAAUACGAGAGUUGUCUGAUAAGUUAGACAUCCAGAUACCAAAGAGUAAAGUAUUGACCCAGGAUAAAAAGCACAAUGUACGUACACUGUUGAGAGAUUAUUAUAAUUCACUGUGUAAACAUUUGCUCAAAGAACACAAAGAGCUUCAGGCUUUUGAGAAACAGAACCGUAAGAUUCUUCAGACCAGAGGUGAACUUAGUUCUGAGCGUAAGGAAAAAAUGGAAGCGCUUCAGGUGUCUUACGACCGUUUGAUCGCAAGUGUUCAGAAUUUUUCUGAGACCUUAGACGAGCCGAUGCCCCAGCUGCCGGUGGACAGCGAAGUAAAAGCUGAGUCUGAUGAUACUCUGAAAAUGAUAAGCGAGAGUGAAGAGAACAGUCUGAUGGAAGACAUGUGGGGAGAUGAUGAGACAAGACGAUUUUAUCAAGUUCUUCCUGAUUUGACAGUUUUUUUGCCGGGUUCGUAUAUGAAAGAGCUACCGAAAACUGAAGUUCCAAUAACUGAGGAAGCUUUGGACGAGGAUAUAACCCUUGAAGAAUUGGAAGACAUUGAAAAAGUUGAAGAACCUGAGCCGGAGGUUGAGGAGCCUCAGGUAGCGAAUAUCAGUAACAAAAUUUUACUUGACGCGUUCUUGACUCACUUACCUAAUUGUGUUAAUCGUGAGAUGAUUGACAAUGCGGCUGUUGAUUUUUUGAUGAAUCUCAACACAAAACACAACAAAAAAAAAUUAAUAAAAGCAUUGUUCGGAGUUUCGAGAAUCCGUUUAGAUUUGCUGCCUUUCUACUCUCGUCUCGCCGCGAUCCUGCAUCCCGUGAUGCCGGAUGUUGGAAAUGAAUUGUGUACUAUGCUCAAGCACGACUUCAAGUACCACGUGCGCAAGAAGGACCAGAUAAAUAUCGAGUCGAAGGUUAAAGUUGUAAGAUACAUCGGUGAGCUGGUUAAAUUUAAAUUAUACUCUAAAAUCGAAGCUCUCUAUUGCCUCAAGGUUUUACUCCACGACUUUACUCACCACCAUAUCGAAAUGGCAUGCAACCUUCUCGAGACCUGUGGAAGAUUUCUCUUCUGCUCCGUGGACUCACAUCAGCGGACCAAAGUGUACUUGGAGCAGAUGAUGAGAAAAAAAGCAGUGACUGCUUUGGAUUCGCGGUACGUUACCAUAAUAGAGAACGCUUACUACUUCGUGAAUCCACCAGAGUCAUCCGGAGGAGUAUCGAAAAAAGAUCGUCCUCCUAUGCACGAAUUUAUCCGCAAGCUUCUAUACCAAGAUCUCUCAAAGACCAACACAGACAAAGUGUUGAAGUUGAUGAGAAAGCUAGACUGGGAAGAUGAAAACACAGCUUCGUAUGCUAUCAAGUGUCUUACUGCUGCUUACAACGUUAAAUAUUUAAAUAUCCGAUGUGUCGGUAGUCUAUUGGCUGGUUUGGUAGCUCAUUAUGAAGCAGUUGGACCCCACGUGGUUGAUGGCGUAUUAGAAGACAUUCGUAUUUGUAUGGAAAUAAAUUUGCCCAAGUACAAUCAACGAAGAAUAGCGAUGGUUAAAUAUCUCGGGGAGCUCUACAACUACCGUAUGGUAGAGAGUGGUGAUAUAUUUCGUACUCUUUAUCUUCUGAUUACCUUUGGUGUCAGUAUGGAUCACGCUGUUCCUAGUCCACUUGAUCCACCAGAUCAUCUCUUUCGUAUCAGACUAGUCUGCACACUUUUAGAAACAUGCGGCCAAUAUUUCAGCGGUGGUUCUAGUAAAAAAAAACUUGAUUACUUUAUUAUAUUUUUUCAAAAUUAUUACUGGUUCAAAUACACGGAUCCAAUUUGGACAGCGGAUAAUAUUUUUCCAAUAGGAAUUGAUUAUAUGUAUCGCGAUACUCUGGCAAUGUUGAGGCCAAAGAUGCAACUGUUUGCCAGCUACAAAGAAUCACAGUGUGCUAUUGAAGAACUGAGAAAUACUUUCUAUCCGUCACUGAAAAUUAUUAAGGAUGACGAGCGUACAGAAAUAGUCGAUAUGGAGAUGGGAGUGAUUCCAGAAGCUGAUGAAGAAAAUGUUAGUGGUGGUAAUGGUAGUGGAGAUGCCAAAGGAAUGGCUGAGUUACAUUUCGAAGAAGCUGAAGACUGUUCAGAAGCACAGUCAGAGGAAGAUUGGGUCAUGGGAGGUGACCGAGAUGACAACGCGGGUACGGCAGAAAAUACUCAAGAGCAGAGUUUAUCUCAGGGAAUCAACGAAGGAGUUAUUUUAGACUCUGCAGAGCUUGAUGCUGCAUUGCCAGCUGGUCCCAAACGCGUUAGUUGUCCAGAAGAUGAUGAUUUUUUGUCAGCACUUGAUAAAAUUGUGUCGGACAAUAUCCAAGACCGUAUGCGAGACAAUGUCAAGCCUCCUCAAGUUGAUAUUUCUGUUCCGAUUCAUGUGAAAAAUUCUAAAAAAACUUACGAACAGUUACAAGAAGGUCCGUCGGAUAAUUCAACGGUUGAUUUUAUUUUGAUGCUGAGGAAAGGAAAUAAACAACAGUACAAAAAUCUCGCGGUUCCCGUGUCCUCGGAGCUCGCGAUGAACCUGAGAAACCGAGAGCAAGAACAAAAAGAAGAGAAAGAACGUGUCAAGAGACUGACAUUGAAUAUCACUGAGAGACAAGAGGAAGAAGAUUAUCAAGAGACAAUAAAUCAAGGCGCAAGACCUGUUACUGUUAAUUUAAAUAGAGAAAGAAGACAAAAAUAUAAUCAUCCAAAAGGCGCGCCGGACGCUGAUCUUAUUUUUGGGCCAAAAAAAAUUAGGUAGACUUUGAGAGCUAAAUAGUUUUAAUUAUUCUGACGAAUAAUUCUUUUUUUUUUAAUCAUCCGUAAAAAUAUUCAUAUAAAUAAAUAAAUUAUAUAUAUUUUCAUAUUCG